AUGGCGGAUUCAAAGUCGGGGAUAGAUGUGUUGCAUGCCAUGGGAGAAGAAAAAGCCGACGUAAAGGAGCAAGUGCACCUAGAAGAAACGUUUUAUAUUUUAUCUAAGAAGAAGUCUGUAUUCCGCGUACGCCUAACAUCAAAGGGCUUGUCUUUAAUAAAGGAAACGGAUGAUACUUCGAAAGAACAAAUAAUUUUAUUACGCGACAUCAUCGGCAGUAAAUGUAUGCGAAGUAAAAGACGUCGAGUCGGUGGAGGAUCUUGUGUGUGCACAUCUCUUGUUGGUAACCAACAGCUCAAAGUAGUGGAUGAAAACAGUGGGGACCUCGACGAAAACGAUAUCAGCGCCUAUCUUUAUAUUUACGCAUAUGUGUUAAAGCAAAAUCGACGUUCUUUGAAGCGAGAGCGUACGACAAUAACAUUGCGAUUCCGAUCGUUUGACAAGUACGAAGAUAAUAAUAAAGAGGCACAAAAAUGGAGAAACACUAUCAAAUGUCUUUUAGCUAACGAACCUAUAUCGAGUGUGCCGACUUAUAACGAAAAGAAAUUAUUAGUCCUUUUAAAUCCUAAGUCUGGCCCUGGCAAAGCGAGGGAACUGUUUCAGGAAAAAGUGGCUCCAAUUCUGCUGGAGGCCGAGGUUCCAUAUGAUCUCUAUGUUACGAAGUAUGCCAAUUAUGCUAGGGAGUUUGUUAGAACACGAAAUGUUUAUAAUUGGAGGGGUAUUGUGGCUGUAGGGGGCGAUGGGGUCUUAUUUGAAAUUCUCAAUGGAAUGUUUGAGCGUUUGGAUUGGCAGCAGGCGUUUGCUGAAGUUCCUCUAGCUGUAUUACCAUGUGGUUCUGGCAAUGGUCUAGCUAGAACUAUUUGUCACCAUUUUGACGAACCGUUCUUUCAUCAAAAUAUGACCGGCUUAUCAAUGGCGCUCGCAAGAGGAAAAUCAUCACAAAUUGAUGUGGUUAGAGUUGAGACAAAGAGUAAAAUAAUGUUCUCCAUGUUAUCAGUCGGCUGGGGAUUAAUGUCGGAUAUCGACAUUGAAAGCGAAAGACUACGAUCCAUAGGCGGACAAAGAUUUACCCUAUGGGCCCUAGCCAGAACGGUUGCCCUCCGGAAAUACAAGGGUGUGCUCAGCUAUGCCCUGAUCAAAGAUAUCGGUAACCUACCAAAACCGAAACAAACCAUCUUCGGUCGCAGUGUCAGUCAAGAUGGGGCCCUAGACUCCCCUGAAACUGAAGCCUUCUUUGACUGCGACGAGCAAACGGAAACAUACUGUGCAGAUACUGGUAGAAAACAUCAAAGAGUUGACUCGUGGUAUUCAGUACAUUCCAGAAGGACGUUUUACAGUGCACGCGGUUCGGACUACCACAGCAUAGUUAGUGGCGGUUCGGAAUUGCGAUCGCCCGUACAUGCGUGCAUGCACGGUCCGGGAUCGCAUCUACCAUCCCUUAUGUCUGAAUUGCCUUCUAGCUGGGUACACGAAGAAGGUGAAUUCGUCAUGGUCCACGUGUCGUAUCAGUCACAUAUCGGCGAAGACUUUUUAUUUGCGCCACGCUCCCGACUGUGCGACGGUGUCAUGUGGAUGCUUAUCAUAAAGGCUGGUAUAUCUAGAUCUCAAAUAUUUUCAUUCCUGCUUAAAGUAACUCAAGGUCACAUAUCAGACAUAAAUAACGAAUAUAUCAAAAUGGUUCCGGUGAGUGCGUUCAGGAUAGCUCCGGAAGGUCAAAAUGGUUAUAUAACAGUCGAUGGUGAACUUGUAGAAUACGGUCCUAUUCAAGCAGAGAUAUUUCCAAAUAUAGUCAAUAUACUCGUACCAGAUACUAAAUAA